AUGAACCACGACUACGUCACCAACCUCACCCGCGUACUGAACGAAACGGACACUGUCACCCUGUUGAAUUACGUGGGCUACCGCAUGGUUGUACAUGUGUCCCCACUACUAGCCAAGUCCGCGAGCCCUCUUCUGCGCUUGAGUCACGACAAUUACCUGGAAUUUGUACCAGACCGUCGCCAAGCCUGUAUGCAUCUGCUGGAACGUCUGUACAAGCAUGGAAUGCGCUUCUUUGCCCGCAUGACUUUUAGCAAGAAUAACUCCACGCUGCUUCUGAAGCAUUACGACUACAGCAUGUCGAGCCUCGAAGUUCUGCUCAAGAGCAGCAUGAGCGAUCGCCUUCUCUCGUCUUCGUCAUGGCUGGACCGUUCGGCCAUCGGCAUUGGCGUCGACAAGCUCGAGAACAUGCGCCUCGUUUUUCUGGGUAGCGCGGACGACAUCAAUGACAUCGCGAGCUACUACAACUUCAACGCUCAGCCCUUGGAUACAAGUCACUUAGUGGAAAGCUUCCGUGAGCUACAGGCCGGAACCAUGAACGUCUACUGGGAGACCAGACCUCCGAAAGGGGACUUCGAUGCCAGGUACGAUCACACGGCUCUUUCACCGGGACAUGAGUACUUUUUCGGUCGUAACGUCCUCUUCAUUCCACACGCGAACAUCGCCUUCCUCAACGACAUCACCAAGAACAUUGAGCCAAUACUAUUCCCCCUUGUCCUCACCGAGAUCUUCCGGGGCAUGUUUGGCGCCGUAGACAGGCGCGGAUCCACGGUGGACCACAACCUAGCAGUGGCCACGUGGUGGAACCCCGACGAGAUUAGCAAGUUCUCGCAGUUAGAGCUCUGUUUCCAGGACCAGUACUACGUCGACAUUGCCGACCUCAUAGGGGACAACUUCGAAGCACGGCUGAGACUGGAGGAUAACAUCGCGGACAACGCCGUCAUUGGGCCGUUGUUUGACAUGUACAUGAAGACACUGAUGUCUCAGGAUGGCGCGGACAAACUGAAGAUUACAGUGAAUGGGCGACAGCUGAGCAUGGAUCAGCUGUUCUUCAUCCUCUACGCCGUCGGACUGUGUGACAAUCCCAACAGCGAAGUCUCGAAACGUAAGCUCAUGUUUGGCGAAAUACCCGGCAAGCUACGAGUGAACAUUCCACUCAAAAACUUCGCCAGGUUCUCGAAGGCGUUUCAUUGCCCCUUAGGCUCUCCCAUGAACCCUACUCGCAAGUGUAUGGUCUGGUGAACCUGACAUCCCCCAAGCUUUUAAGCAGAAGUAAAUUCGGUUAUUUUUUUCUUUUACGUCAUGGUACUAUUUUUAGCGUCCUUUGUGUUUGGAUAAAAAGA